AUGUCCCAUGCAGCGAUUCCUCUUACCGAUGAUUUUCUCCAUGCCUUGUCUUGCCUUGAUGUGAGAGACCUUUGCGCCAACGCAGCUGUGUCAAUCUCCUGGAAUGCGUUGGCCUGCCAUGACAUGCUAUGGCUUGAGCUUUGCAGGCGCCUGUGGUCUACCAAAGCCGGCUGUUUCCAUCUGACGCCUGCCCGCCUCAUGAAGCUUCAGUCCAAAGGGCACAGCUGGAAGGAACAGUACAAAAAACAUCUGGAGGACGGUUCGAGAAACUGCCUCACCAUGCAAGAGCUUACUACUUUGGUGUGGGAUUUCACUUUCCGACUUCAUCCUCAAGCGCGAGCCUCAACGUCCUUCCGUUUUGACAUGUCGGGACACGUUUGUGGUCACCCAAAUGGCUUAACCUACUCGUGGCGGCUGAGCGAUGACGGCCGGCGAGUGGAGCUGGGGCAAUUCCCACAAGCACGAGUCAUUCGGCGUGCAGACUGGGGUUGGGCAAUCGCAAACAGCAACAUUGUCUGCUGCUCACUGGAAGACGAGGAUUUGACUGGUGAAGGCAGUGAGGGUGCCUCGGUGCUUCAUCCGGAGCUUUUCGGUUUGGACCAACUUGGCCCCUCUUUGCAGCUCGUGCACAUGCUCAUGCGUCUCCAAAGACCACCAGUGGGAUAG